CCAAGUGGCAUGCAACUCGUUCAAUAUGUCAGAAUAUGUGUAGGGUGAAGCGGCAAUGGCCCAAUGAUGGAAGGCGGGUGGGACGAAAUAACCCGCCAAGCUUGGCGCCAGCGCAUCUUCUCGAUCACGGCAGCUCACCCAACAACUCAGACGGCGUCGCAUAGCGGCAAUGCAUUGACCUGCAGCUACGGAACCAGAACCCACAACAAUGGCCGGCAUGUCUAAUGAUCCGCGCGUUCCCUUCCAGGCGCCACGGCUCCCGCACAGCGCUGCCCCUCCGACCGACUGUGAGCAACAUGGCUCAGGUACCGCCGAGUCGAGUGCAAUCCCACACCCACUGACGCCUGCAACGACCACCAGACAGUCGGUACCAUUGGGCGUCUUCUCGACACUCUUGGGGCACAACACCACGUCCACACUUAGUGCGCGGCCUAUACUGUCCGACGAGCCCGUCCUCGCCCACACGCAACCACUAGAUGCUCCCGAGGGCCUGUCUGACUUGACGGCGAGCUCAGGCUCGGUGCCCAGUGCGACUACUACCUUGACCAACACACUGCCACCGACUCAGUCUGCUGCACUGCGUGCCCUGAACGCCCCCGCCUUCCAUUCCUCGCCCUCCAAGAGCAAGUCUGCAAAGUCUACAUCGAGUCGGACAACCGUCACCAGCCAGCCCGUCGUAGUACGCACAUACUCAGGCUCGCGGCACGCAUCACGCUCUGGCUCCGGCUUCAAUACGCCACGCUCGUUUGCCAUGAACGGGCAGACACAUGCGUCGGCCCUGUCAGCCGGUCUGGCAGGCAGGAGCGAGCAACUACCCUCCGCUGACGACUUUUCUUUUUCCGCCAUCCUUCGCGCUGUUGACCCUGAGAUCAGAGACGCCAUCGAUGCCAUUGCCGAGAUCUGCGCCCGAAGCAGAAUGAGUCUGGCAGACGAGUACGACUCUCACCUACCCCCACAAGGCGAAAUAACAAGUGGGGGCUCGGCAUGGGCCGCAAGUACAGGAGCAUUGGCCGGCCGAGGUCGUCUGAAUAGGAUCAGUCAAGGAUGGACUGCUGCAGACAACACACUCAUGGCAGUGCCUGAAGCGAGCAGCUCCAGCGAGCGGCUGGCGCAAGAGGGCAGGGCCGAGAGCAGUAAGAAGCGUAGUCAGUCAGCAUAUGGAAGCUUGAAGAGCGUCAUUAGUGGUGGGAGUGGUAAGAGGAAAGCCAUAGAUGGCGAUACUUUCCGAGACCAAGAGGCUGGCAGUUCGAAACAGGUCGAAGCCCAGAACUCGGGGCCCGCCUGGGCAGUCCAUGCAUCCACCUCGUCUUCGUAUCCAGCAAUUACCAUUGCUGCGCCUACAGCUUCGAAACAACUAUCCCUCGAUACAUCAUCGGCGAUGCAGGACGUCGGCAAGGACGCCAAUGGACCAUCGAAUGGACGGCCUCAGACUGCAACACCACGAAGAACCCCUUCUCACCAACGCGGAGCGUCUAUGCGCAGUCUUCCGGCAUCACGAGCACGUUCCGGUACCCUUGACUCUAUAAAGGCGUGGCUACCAUGGCCCCGGCCGUCAGAUCUCGACCAGAACAGUCGGCAGGAGCUGACAAAAGCCGAGGACCGUCUCAGAAGCAUGCUGAUAUCAUCGUCCCAAACCCUCGGGAAAGGUAAAGCAACAGUGCGCGUCAUUUGAGGGUCGGAUUGGUUCGCAUCUCCAAAGCGUUGAAUACUCCCCUUCAAAUUGUUUGUUAUAUAUCGCAGAUACCCAAGGAGAAGCUGAAAGUGUACGAAAAGCGGACUAGGGGAUGCUUGUGCUUUGCGUAGGACUCUUGCUCCGAAAGACGCAACGAUAAACAUGAAUAACGUUUUAUGAUAAUGACUAACGACAAUAAGUAAAUAGCUCGAUGCAAUAGGAUAGAACAAUUCAAGCUUACUUACAGCCUCUGACGGACUACCGUGGCUACCUCUUUCGGAUUGGACAAUGUAGGAGCUUCAACUCAACUAGCU